AUGGUCACUUUUUUCCUUUUAUUUUUACCUGCUUAGUUCACAGUGCGAGCUUCCCAGCUAAUGUGAGGCAAACAGGGACGCCUGGUUAAAGCUGGUAAACCUGAACGUUGAACCUUCAACUGUGCUCUGCUGUGAGUUUAGCUGGGACCUGACAGUCACAGGUAGUAGCUACCGACCUACUAUGUCAUCUAAAGACAAUCAGGAAAAAACAAAAAAACAACUUCAUAGAUCAAUAUUUAUGAAAAGCAGAGGCAGCAGCUGCAGUGGACGCUUCAUUGUUCCUAAGACUCAUUUUUUCUUCACUGCUCUGUGUUACUUCACUUCAACUUCCCUCUUCUCCGUGGCUGCUUACAGAGGAACAACAGGACAGACUAGACCUGAUCGGUUAAUGCAUAUUCACACUCUAUGACAACACAGCUGACGACAGAUGGGCAGUCCCAUGAAAACAAUGGGCCAAUCCAAUUGGUCCUGAUCAAAGCUACAUAUAUCACACGAGGCCUGUUUGGUUUGUAAACAGUGGUUUGUGAGGCGUGCACAUUAAGGACAAGUUUGGCUUUACAGACAACACUGAUUAUCAUUCUCCGUGACACACAGAUCUUUGAUGGUUUAUCGAGGCAGAGAAAGUAUGAUGAAUUUUCUUCGUAUUGAACUGCUCUGGGCUCUGCUGUUUGUCGGAGAACUGCAGGCGUCCGUCCAUAACGACCAGAAAAACAUCACAGCUGAGUGUGGACAGAGUGUCACUCUGCCGUGUCGAGCUCGAGACAACAACAUCCCCAUCAUAGUGGUAGAGUGGAGCAGAGCUGACCUGGGCAAAGAAAGUGUCCUAAUGUACCGGGAUAAGCAGUUGGAUCCAGAUCACCAGCAUCCAUCUUUUAAGAACCGGGUGGAUCUGCAGGACAAAGAAAUGAAGGAUGGAAACGUGUCUGUGAUUCUGAAGAAUGUGACGAUUAAUGACGCUGGAACAUACGAGUGUCAUGUCUUCAGGAGAGGAACAAACCGCAGGAAGAGAGCUAAUCUGAAGACUCCCCCCAUCAGCAUCAUCACCCUGAGAGUUGAUCCUCCAGGUCAGACAGGAGAACACACAGAGGAUGGAGGGAAGGAGGAUGGAUCUGUUGGACUCGUCAUUGGCCUUUCAAUUGUUGCUGUGGUGUUUUCUGCUGCUGUUGUUCUUAUUUUGAUCUAUAGAAAACAUAAACAAUGUAAUCAGGACUCACAUCCUCCUCCUGCUGAACCACAGAUCGAAAUGUCUGAGAGUUUUCUAAACUCUGAAUCUCCUGCUGCUGAAUACAAUGACAGAAAUCACCUGGAAGCAAACAACUGCCACGAUCAAUCCACAAGGGUCCCUGAUGUCACUCUGACACUUGAGAAUGAACUACUUCAUCCUCCUCCUCAGGAAACAGUAGGACUACUUCCAGAGAGAAACAUCAGAGUGCAGUAGAUAAUGUCUGACAGCAGUUUGAAGAGGAAAUGGAUUCUGUUCUGUUCUUCACUCAUCACCUACCUGACAGCUGACACCUCACACCUGUUUCUCACCUGCAGGUCAGACAGGAGGAGACACAGAGGCUGGAAGCUGGUCUGUCAGUUUUUUGGUGUGUCUUUUUUUUUUUAACCUGAAACUAUUUUUUAACUCCUCCUUGUACUGAACAAAAGCUGGUCUUAAACUACAUUUAUAUUAUAAGCUAAUGAAAUGUUUCAUAAGUAAAAUCUGACAGUUGAGCUUUCAGAUUACUGCAGUACUAUUUAAUCUACCUCAUGCUUUAUAACCUAUUUAUUUCCCUCAUUACAAAAUGUCCAACUAAUGUUCCUUCUGCUAUCAGUUAGUGAAGCUUUAGUAGAAAAUAGAAUCAGUCUAUUUCAGCUUUAGCGCUGGAUACAUGAAAAUCUAUUUACUGUCAUUUCAUUGUUUUUAUGCUUGUUGUCCUGCUGAGUGUCAAAGAACAAACUUCACACUAAUAGAAAACAGAUCAAAUAGUCUGACAGGUGCCUCUUCAUCACAGAGGCAACACUGUGAUCAGUAAAAUUAGACGUUCAUUGUUAUUAAAUGUUCUCAUUAGUUUCUUUCUGUUUCUUUAUUGUAUUGAUAAAUUAUUACACAUAAUUCUCAGUAAUUAUACCAAAACCUAAGAGCAGAAUACAAACAGACCAUGAUACAUUUUUCAGGGAUCCUCAGCUGCCAGAAGCAAAUCUGAAAAGAUCAUAAUGUUUAAUAUUCUGUAAUUGAUCAGAAAUGCUCAAAUAAUGAGGAAAUAAAUGAUGUCAAAGUUAA